AUGGGUAGGGAAAUUAGAGAGGAAGAGCCGGCCAGAAUGCCGACCAUGGUCCUGAACCAUGUCUCCUUCGUGGUGCAGUCCGUGAGCCGCUCAGUCAGCUUCUACGAGGGAGUCCUCGGCUUCACCUCCAUCAAGAGGCCCUCCUCAUUCCUCUUCAAAGGCGCCUGGUAUCUCUCUCUCUCUCUCUCUCUAUCUCUCUCUCUGUCUCUCUAUCUCUACACGAACGAUGUCUCACGGCAGCGGGGCUUCUGCAGGCUGCUCAGCAAUGGGCUGGGGAUUCAUCUCCUGGAGAGCACUGAACCAGAGAAGCUGCCGAGGAAGAAGAAGAAGAUAAACCCGAAGGAGAACCACAUUUCCCUCCAGACCUCGGACAUGGAGCUGAUCGUGCGGAAUCUCGAGGCCAUGGGGGUUGACUACGUCACCGCCAUCGUGGAGGAUGGCGGUGUCACCGUUGACCAGCUCUUCUUCCACGAUCCCGACGGCUACAUGGUCGAGAUCUGCAACUGCCACGUCCUCCCCGUCCUCCCUCUCCCCCGCUCUUCCUGUCGGCUCCGCCUCUCUUAG